GGUGCUUAUAUGUUAUAUAAGUUAUGUUUAUACAUAAUUUGAUUUUAAUUACUCAGUAGUCAUUAUUUUAGGAUUUUCCCAGGAUGUGUAUUUUCUUUGCUGUUGAGAUGAAACAGAUUUAUUAUCAUAUGUCAAUCAGUUAGAUAUGAAGUUUAUCACAUGUUCUUAGCAGGAGGUCUAAUUUCAUCAGUUCCAAUACAAAUAUACAUGUCUUGUUAAUUAGUGACCACUUGUGGCAUUUGGCUUCCUUUGUCCUUUGUUUCUUGAUACAUUAAUCUGGGUGCAGUUUUAACUCCUCCCACUUAGGAGUAUCCCAUUAAGAAGUUGUGUAUUAAAAACCUGUGUAUGCUGCCUUGAGUAUUCAUUUAUCUAAAUGCAGAUUAAGCAGUUAUAGAAUAAUCUUGGCUAAUAGUGCUAAUAGUGUUUUAGCUAAAAACUUGAACUUUCAGUGUUUGGAUUACUUUACAAAAGCUAUAUUACAGUUUUUAAACAACUAAAUAUAAUUCAAACUAUAUAACCUGAAAAAAAUAAACAUUAUUUUGGAAUAUAUGUAACUGACAACAAAAUGUCUGGCAGAGGAAAAGGUGUUCGAAGGAAAACUAGGAGUUCUCCGUAUGAGACCAAAUGGGAUUCUAAUAACCCUUCUAACUGGACAAUAAACAAACUAAAAGAAGAACUUAACAAAAAGGGAAUAAGAACACCUUCUGGUAUGUCAAAACAAGUGUUAAAACAACUUUAUUUAGAGAAUUGUUUUGAUGGAGUAACAUCUUUAGAGACACAACAGACAGACACCGUUAGUGAUGAGAUUAACACAGAUUCCUCACCAGAGAGCACUCUUCCAAUUACCUUAGCAGAAUCAGUGCAUCAACACAGAAGCAGUGUUUCAAAUGGUGAAAAUGAGAAUGGUGGAACAGACAGGAACAUAGCUCAGUGUUUUGAAGGACUUCAAGAGACCUUCAAACAGCUAAUUUACAGAGACAAUUGUACUCAUGACACAGGUAGAGAUCGCGAAUUCAACCUUCAACAGUGGUACAACCAUGCAGGGAUUGGGAGUAGGAGUGAAACUUCUAACAGAGGAAAUAAUACCGUUUUACAUGGAAAUACACAAGAGCAUGUAUCUUUCAUCUCAGGACCACAAGUUGGAAAUGUUUCAUGUGGAGUGCGUUCGGAUGAAUAUUCUAAUGUGGACAUUAUAUCUCCUUCUAUUCAAAAGCAAAUCAUUGACGAUAGACAGAUUCCGCAAACUAGCUCCCAGUGCAGCACAACAUCCAAUGAAGUGCCCAAGCAGCUCAGAUGUAAUGUGGUCCUAAAUCAAGCAGUGAAUGAACUUUGGAACAGUGCUAUUGCUAAUACUACAAGAACUGUUUAUGAUACUGGGUUCAGAAAAUUUGAGACUUUUAUGUUAUUGAAUGGUUUUCAAUUUUCUAAUUUACCUCCUAUUUCUGAGGAUAUUUUAAUUUAUUUCAUAGCCCACUGCUUUCAAAUUCUGAGUUUACAAUACUCUACCAUUAAACUAUAUUUAUGUGGAAUUAGGUAUAAAUAUGUACAGGGUAAUCAAAAUGAUCCCUUACAAUCUGCUCAUAAUACACCUUUAAUCAGACUUGAUUAUGUUUUAAAUUCUGUAAAAAGACUGCAAAAAACAAAAAAUCACAUAAGAUUACCAAUAACUUUCGAAAUUUUUGGAAAAAAUUGUAAAUUGUUUGAGAAAAGGUUUUUGUUCCAAGUUCACUGA